AAACCACCCUCCCGAGCCCCAAACAUUCUCGAUAUCCACAGACAACUCCAGAUGUGUCCCGCGGUCGAGGCAGUCUUGUUGAAGAUCGAUGGAAUUAGGUGCUUGAAGGCUUUUGUAGUGGCCCGUCUCAUCGCCGGCGCUUACGGGCAGCGGGCGGUUGGCUGUAACGCCCGUCCUACUAUGGCCUGGACCCGGCAUUUCCGCUCGGAGGAGCCCAAAGUAUUGAAUCAAGAAGUUAUGAGAAUCCCGGAUUCAUCCUUCUCAGCCAGAAAAGAGAGGUCGGGGUCCCGGUCAUGGCAACGCUUUACCGCAGCAGCUCGAGCAGCGAAUUGUUUGAGGAAGGCAUUCAAACCCCGACAACAGAAGACCGAGGAUCUAGGCUUAUGCCACGAAUGCCAAUGGAUCAAACUCCACAACAUCUUCGAACCGAACAAAGGUAUCAAAGCACAAUCAUGGCGCACCCUCAACCUUUUAGCAUAUCUGGAUUUCCACACCUUACGGCCGUGCUGGGAACCAAAAAAGACGUGGCGCGUGAGCAUGAACAACCGCGAUACGUGCCCGACGUGCGCCUUCUUUGCAGCCUGUUCAUCAAGAAUGGGUUUUCCGGUCGAGGAGUUUUCCAACAGUGGCUAUAUCGAGCCUGGUACCCGCAGGAUAACAGGUGCCACCGCUUUUGCGUGCGAUGACCCCGGUGCCGACACAGGGUUCUUUGAUGUGGAAGUACUGGAACUUAGAGUGUGUCCAGACGGAAACAAGCAAAGUCCUUGGGUCAGCAAGCUGCACCGAACAUGGUCCGAGACUCAUUACAUCCUCCCCUGCCAGGAUCACGGCGGCGAGGAUGAAGGGGUGUCAGACACAGUUAACUAUGAUGUUAUUAAGCAGUGGUUGACCUUUUGCGAGAUUGAGCACUCAACCUGUAUCGACGCACCGUCGUUUCCUCUCUCCGACACCAUUCCGGGACUGUGUCUCAUUGACUGCCAUAGCAGAAAGAUAGUGCCAGCAAUAGGCCUCGGCAAGCCUCGAUACGUCACACUAAGUUACGUAUGGGGCACCUCAGGCGCCACUUCAAUGACAACUCCCACGCUCCCCGAGGGUGACCAACUCCCAAAGAUCGUCAACGACGCCAUGAUAGUUACCCUGAAACUUGGGUACAAGUACCUUUGGGUGGAUCGGUACUGCAUCCCCCAGAACGACCCAUACGCAAAGCACAUACAGAUCCAGAACAUGGGUAGCAUUUACUCCCUUUCAAUCCUCACCAUCAUUGGCGCCGCCGGCGAGGACGCAGAGUACGGCCUUCCGGGAGUUAGCUCGGCCCCACGUAUUCCGCAGCUCUGGACCGACAUUCCUUAUAACGGUGGCAACAACCACUUGCAACUCAUUUACUUCAAUCCGCCUGAUACGGAGAUCCGUACGGCAAAGUGGCAUUCCCGCGGCUGGACGUACCAGGAGGGCCUGCUUUCCAAGCGCAGACUCGUCUUUUCCGAUCGACAUGUCUACUUUCAGUGCCAGGAGAUGCACACCACAGGCGAAUUAGAGUUUAACGGGCGGGAAUGGGGGUAUCAAAAGCCACACCGUAAGAGAGAACAUCUCGCGCGGCGAGACCACGUAGGGAAAUCCAUCAGCAAGAAGGAAGCCGUGUUUCCCUACCCCUGGGACUGGUGGGACUGGGAGUCUGCAUUUUGGGUACGGGUAGGAGAGUUCAUGAACAGGACUUUGUCGUAUGACAUGGAUGGCCUGGACGCUAUGAAGGGGAUCAUCCAGACGUAUCGGGAUCAAACACCCUUGAGGUUCGUUUGGGGCUUGCCGUAUCGUGGACCGGAACAUUCGCGGGUGCCGGAGAAUCUUAAGGCUGAUGAGUAUCGGGUCUCUCCGCCGCAGGGAAUCUUCUUUGAAGUUGACACUCAUCCUGCGGUAAGCGUUUGCGAGCUUUUGGGAAGCCUUUUCUGGAAGGAUGAAUGGCUGGCGAAGCCUGACUGCGCCGCCACGGGUAACAAUACCACCGAGGUUUCACCGCGUAGAACAGUCCUCCCAAGUUGGACCUGGGCCGGCUGGAAGAGCCUUCCAAGCCACGACGCGAGCGUCACUCCCGGUCGCUUGACGACUGGUCAAGGCUUCGGAACAAGCCAAAUUCCCGUCAGCAUCAAGUUUGCCUUUAAAGACAAGGAGUUGGACUGGAUAACGGACCACUCCGAAAUCCUCAAGCGCUCCGAAAUCAUCGGCAAGUUCCCGGACUACCUCAGCAUAACCGGCUCAGUCUUUGAGGCAGACCUCGUAUGUACUGAAGUCCAAGACCAAAAAGGCACCAUCUCCUGUGUUUGGAAGUACGUGUCCCCGCCAUUUUUGGUAGGCAAGGAACAGGACUUACCGCCGGGUUUGUUUGAGCAAGUCAACGGAAGCUGUGUAUCCCUGCUGGGUCUGUACUUCUACUCGAGAAGUUUCCCUCAGUCGACAAAUUUCCUCGAUUUCCACUUUCUGCUUUUUAGAAAGGUUGGGGAGGAUGACGCUGGCCCGCUGUAUGAACGCGUCACGAGUGUCUUCCUUGCGGAGCUGCACCACCACCAUGAGCGGAGGGUGGAGUUGCCCGCUGGUCCUUGGCCGCCGGUGUUGGAUAAGGACGUGAAGGAGGUGAGGAUUUGA